UAGAACAAGCAGAAUGGCUGCCCAGUUGCUAUUUCAUAUUACUCUGUUAGUUUGGUCUAUGAGUAGUACUGAAGUACUAGUUGUAGCAUCAGAAGCACCCAUAGCAAAGCCUUAUUGUCCAUCUCAUUGUGGAAGCAUUGAAAUCCCAUACCCUUUUGGGAUAGGAGCAGGUUGUCACAUUAAAGACAACUGGUUCCAGGUAUUAUGUGACAACUCUACUGGCUCUCCUAGACCAUUGUUGAACGGCACCAAUCUGGAGGUGCUAGAAAUUUCUGUUGAUGGCACACUAAAGGUCAGAAACCCGAUCGCCUUCUCUAACUGCAGCGAUAAGCAAACUCGUCAGGCAGUCAACUUGGAGAGAAGCCCUUUUAUGUUCUCACAGGAGAACAUAUUCACAGCAGUUGGUUGCGGUGUCAUGGCGACAAUCACCUCGAGCUCAGAGGGUGUUACCAUUUCAGCCGGGUGCAGGUCCGAAUGUUAUGAUGAUUCUACUGAUAGUACAAAUAGUAGCAGCCUUAAUACCUGCAAUGGUGUCAAUUGCUGCCAGACUGUGAUUCCUCCGUUCCUCUCUGCCUACAAUACUAGUUUCCAGCCGUCUAAUAGUUCAUGCAGCUAUGCAUUUUUGGUUGAUCGUGAAUGGUUUGAGUCAUUUGCCAAAAAUUCAACAAAUAUUUCUGCCACCAGUGAUAUGGACCAAGUCCCCGUUGUGCUACAAUGGAACUUGUACCAUUCAACAUUUGAUAUUUUCGGGACCUUUGUACAAGCAAAUGGAUCAAGGUCAGGAUAUUGGAAUGAGACGACCGAUGAGUUUGAUGGUUAUUGUAGAUCUUACAAUGACAGCUAUUCAAUAUCUGAAUCCUUAAGGCUUAAAUGUGUCUGUGAUUAUGGCCAUCAGGGAAAUCCAUAUCUUCCAAAAGGAUGCAGAGAUAUCGAUGAAUGUCAGGAUCCUAAAUACAGAGCUGAAUGUGAACCAGAGUACGUAUGUUACAAUCGUAAUAAUGGUUGGGGGUGCAAGAGCCGCUACCCUGAAACAAAGUCACGCGUUAAAGUAAUCUUCAUAGGUAUCGGCAGUGGUCUUGGAUUGAUAGUUCUCCUAAUUGGUGCAUGGUGGUUGGUCAAGCUUUGGAAGAAAAUGAAAAACAUCAAACUCAAGAAGAAGUUUUUCAAACAAAACGGGGGACUAUUAUUAGAGCAGCAACUCUCUUCCGGUGAAGUUAAUGUUGAGAAAAUUAAGCUGUUCGACGCAAAGGAAUUAGAAAAGGCCACAGAUCGUUAUAAUGUAGAUAGAAUACUUGGCCAAGGAGGUCAAGGUACUGUUUACAAAGGAAUGUUGGCAGAUGGAAGAAUUGUUGCCGUAAAGAAGUCCAAAAUAGUUGAUGGAGGAGAAGUAGGACAGUUCAUUAAUGAGAUUGUCAUUCUUUCACAAAUUAAUCACAGGAAUGUGGUUAAACUAUUGGGUUGCUGUUUGGAGACCGAAGUUCCUCUUUUGGUUUAUGAAUUCAUACCCAAAGGAACUAUCUACCAGUAUCUCCACGAACAUAAUGAAGAGUUCCCACUUACAUGGGAAAUGCGCUUACGGAUUUCUGCAGAAGUUGCUGGAGCUCUAUCAUACUUACACUCGGCAGCUGGUUUUCCAAUUUACCACCGUGAUAUCAAGUCUACAAACAUACUACUAGAUGAUAGGUACAGAGCAAAAGUUGCAGAUUUUGGGACUUCAAGAUCAGUUUCCUUAGACCAGACACACCUAACCACAUUUGUACAUGGUACAUUUGGUUACUUGGAUCCAGAGUACUUCAUAUCAAGUCAAUUUACUGACAAAAGUGAUGUGUAUGGCUUUGGGGUGGUCCUUGUUGAGCUCCUAACUGGAGAAAAACCAGUUUCUUUAACAAGGUCACAAGAAGCCAGAGGCCUUGUUUCAUACUUCAAUCUUUCAGUGGAGGAGAAUAACUUGUUCGAUAUCAUUGAUGCUCGAGUUAAGGUGGAUGGUACAACAGGAGAUAUUUUGGCAGUUGCUGAUCUUGCAAAAAGAUGUCUAGAUAUGAAUGGGAGGAGACGACCUACCAUGAAAGAAGUUGCAAUGGAGUUGGAGGUGAUUUAUAAAUCAAUAAGCUCUUCAAACACACAACAAAAUCGUGAAGAGGCUGAGUAUGUCAGAAAUGAAGUAAUUUGUCCUUGGGAUGUUGCUACAGGGUCAGCUAUGGAUGAUUACACUGCUUCAUCAUUUGAGUCACUAGUACCACUAAUGUCUAGCUAAUCAAUUUCUGCAUUUUCAUUCCUAGCAUUUAUGUAAAUUUGGAUUUGGUUGCAGCUGAACGUACUCCUGUCUUGUUUUAAUUUGAUUUUAUCCCAAUAAA